AAUGUGCACUCCUUUUGUUAGCCGCCGUUCACCUGAGGAACCUGCUGAAGUUGCGAUUGCAAACCCUCAAGUUUGUCAUGCAGGUGGAGCACACCCACACAAGGUGUUCACUGUGUGUGCUGAGCUGCCUUUUCUUGGCUUGUCUCUAUGUUGGCAGUUUGUACGUGUGGAGAAGAAGAUUACCAAGGGACCAUCCCAGCGUGAUAAAGCGUCGCUGCGUGAGCGUGUUGCUGGUCUCUGCACUGUCACCUGCAGUGGUAAAAACAUGGAUCCAGUGGGCUGAUGUCAGGGUCGGCGUGCCUGUUUGGGAGCUGAUGGGAGUUCGCACGGACGGCUUGGUUCUUGCAGCCCUGCUGCCUUUAUUACUGACUAUGGUUUUCUAUCUUGGUCCGCUGAUUCAUUCUGCUGUGGACAACCCCAAUGGCUUCACUGGGGAAAUGCAGUCUGUACUGGAUGUUCAGUCAUGGAGGCUGUGUGUGGGAGACGCAGUGUGGCUCAGAAACCAGGUGGUGGCACCAAUGACAGAGGAGCUGGUGUUCAGAGGGGCCAUGCUGCCUAUGCUGGUGCCCUGCACAGGACCCACAGGUGCCAUCUUCACAGCACCGCUGUUCUUUGGAGUUGCUCAUUUGCAUCAUGUCAUAGAGCAACGGCGGCUUGGCAAAGAGAGCAUGAGCGUCAUCCUUCUGGUGGCAGGGAUGCAGUUCUUGUACACAACUGUUUUUGGUGCUUUUACUGCCUUCAUAUUCAUGCGAACUGGCCAUGUUGUGGGUCCAGUUUUGUGCCAUUCAUUCUGUAACAGUCAGGGCCUGCCUGAUAUCAGCUCUGCCCUGCAGCACCCUCAGCGUUCAGCUCUGCUCGUCUCAUAUCUGAUGGGAGCCCUGCUGUUUCUGGUGCUGCUCUUCCCACUGACAGACCCCUACUUUUAUGGUGCCAUUCCCAUCUGCAGCCUGGCUCCCCCUCCAGCAUCUUUGUGCUGAAUUAAAUCAAAUUAAGUUAAAUGCA